AUGAAUACGCAUCCAUUAUUUAAUAGUGUAUUUAGGGAAACACAUAGCGAAAUAAAAGAUUUAAAUGAUGAGUUAAAUCAGUUACAAGAAAUUUAUCAAUUAAAAUAUAAUUCUGAUGAUGACAAAUCAGAUAAUAAAGAUAAUUACCAACAUUCAAUGUCAGCUAGUGAGGAUUUACUAUUCGAUCAUAUUGACGAUGAGUUAGAUGAUUAUUUUACUUUACAGCAAAUUAAAGAAUUUCAACAAAUUUUUUUUCAAAAUCCAAUACAAUACACUAAGGAAUAUAGUGUCAAGCAGCAACAAUGUUUAGACAGAAAUGAUGAUGAGGCAUUUUUAAAAAAACUUGAACAAAAAAAUUGUUGCCUGCAAAACUGUCUUUUAUCAAAAGUUAAUCCACAAAUGGCACUUGAUAGAUUUCAUGAAAUUAAAGCAAUGUCACAAGUGGGAAUGGAUUUAUGUUUUUUAGGAAUGAUUGACAGAAGUAUUAAACCCAUCAAAUCUGCAUCGAAAACACCAAAGUCGUAUUUAGUAACAAACUAUAAUUUUUCAGGGAUUUCAAUUUGCCAAACGGCUUGGUUAACAAUUCAUAGAAUAGGUCAAAUCAGUAACAAUAUAAUUUCUUUUGCUACUAUUUUGCAUGUAUUAAAAUUUAUUACAAAUUUUGCAAACCAACAUGGAUUACUUUCACCAGGUCGUAGCUUUAGAGAUAAUACCAAGGAAAUCAUUUUUUUACCAGCUUUUGAAAGUAAAAAUUCUUUGUUUCGAAUUUAUAAUGAUGUUGAAAAUGGUGGUGAACACGAAAUUAGUAUGACCAGUUUUCGAAGAAUUUGGAAAAAAUAUCUUCCAGGAAUAAAAUUUAUGACUGCUCGAAGUGAUCUAUGUACAUUAUGUAAAUCUAUGCGAUUUAGUGCCAAAUAUUGGUCCACUAUAGAAACUGAACAAAAAUUACAGGAAUGGCAAAAUCACAUAACUUGGACUCAGUUAGAACAUGAAAAUUAUAAGUAA